GAUUUUUUUUUCUUUUCAGGCUCAACAAGAAAACUAUGUAUCUCGCUUUAAUAUGCGUUUUGGUUUUCGUUUCAUCGGGCUACGGAGCGGAUGAAGAAGAAAUUCUUGGCAAGGUCAAUGCUGGUGUAGAAGCCGGAAAUGCGAUCGUCCAAGUUUUAGCUGAUGAAAAUUUGUCAAAGACUUUUGGUAAAAUCGGCGAGAUCGCAUCGAAAAUUGGGCCAUUCCUGGGUGCCAUUGGUCCAGCAAUAGCGUUGAUUACCAUAUUCUUGCCACAGUCGCCGUCUCCUGAAAUGCAAUUAAUGAAAAAAAAAUUCGAGGAAAUGGACCAAAAAUUUGACCAAGUGUUUGAGCAAUUUGACGAAGUAAAAAAUCUUAUUCAUGAAACAUCCCUAAAAGCGCAGUAUGGAGAAUAUGAUCACACAAUAUCGGCUUUGUCUCACCGCUUAGAACAAUUUCUAAGCGCUUCAGCUGAGGCUGUAGAAGGACAGAAGGCGACAUUUAUCACUGCUUACGAGUCGUCUUACGGAAGCGCCACGUACAAACUCUGGAGCGGUAUGAUGGGGAAAACUGUUCUGUCGGAUAACAUUAUAGAAACAGCCAUAAAAUAUACAGAAAACGACCGCGGACGAGUUCAAAAAAUGAUGAAAGGAGUUGCGAACUUAAUAUUACAGGGUGUGAAAAUCCAUUUAUUCUAUCUGAAAGCCAAAGGUCGGGAUGCCACAUAUGAAGACGAAAAGAAAACUUGGGAAGACCAUAUCAUUCAGUUAACUAACCAUAUGCAAGAGGAAGAC